GAGAAAAGAGUUAGACAAUUAGAAGAAAUUGUGGCUGUGAAAGACUCAACGAUUAAUGCAAUAUCACAGGAAUUAGAUUCUUUUAGAGAAAUGAGCAACCCUACUUACACAUUAAGUAUGUUAUCAGCGACAGAAUACAAGCAGUUGCAAGAAGAAUGUCAAGCUAAGUUACUGGAAUAUAAUAGUGCCAUAAUUUAUAAAAAUGAUCUAAUUCAACAGCUAAGCGAAUCUUUAGAUCAGUCUGUAACAGAAAGGAAAGAACUGCUCAACCAAGUAGAAUCUUUUAAGGAAGAAAUUGCUCAGUUACAGUCAAAACUGCAUGAAACUGCAAUUAUGGUUAAAGAACACCAAUGUGCUGCACCCCGAAGUGAUAAAAUAGAUGAGACAGAUAAUGUUACAGCACCUGUUAAUUUAGAAGAUAGCUCAAGCAAUUGUGAUGAUGAUAUCAUUAUCAAAUUAAAGAAUGAAAUAUCAAAUUUAAAUGAAAAAAUACAACUUGACAAAGAUAACUAUGAAAAAGAAAUCAGCAGAUUAAGAGAAUUGCUAGAAAAUGUUAAAUGUGGAUCAACUGAGUUAACGGAACUAAAAGUCGAGUUAGAAAAUAAACAUACUAAAGAAGUUGAAGAAUUACGCACAUAUUUUGAAAAGAAAUGUGUUGAAUUGGAGAAAAAUUACUCGGAAGAAAUAUUCAGCCAGCAGAGUCGUAAAAUGUCAGAUUCCAGUUCAGAUGUUGAACUGAGCAAUGAUUUUCUGUUAUCGAAACAGCCUGGUCCAGGCGGCGACCACAGCAGGGUUAUAAAAUCAAAAGAGGACAUUGAAAAACUUAAAGAAAACUUAACAGGAUUUUUAAACAAGUUGUCGAAACAUUCAUUGGAAGAAUUGAGUGAUAAGGAUGUGUCAAAAAUCGAACUGGAAGUGAAAAACGAACUGAAUUUAUUAUUGAGAAUAGGUGAAAAGUUGGAGAUUAAAGCAAUUGAAAACAAAUAUUUAGAGGAAAUAUCUAAUUUGAAAUUUCAGUUGGAAGAAAGUAGAAAGGAUCAUGGUAAUAUGAGUAUUGGCUCGGUUAUUCAAGAAGUGGGAAGUUCUGGAGAUUUCGAAAUCAAUGAAGUAAUUGAAAGUUAUGAGAGAAGGUUACAAGAACAAGUCAAUCUAGCUAAGAUUGAUCUUGUUAACGAGUUAGUAGAGCAGAUUCAGAGGUUAGUUUCAAAUGCAGCGGAUGAAGAAGAGUGGCCAUCGGAGUUGCUACAACUACGCGACAGGUUUGUCGAAAAGUACGAGUUGGAAAUAAGGAUUUUGAAAGAGGAACACCAAAAAGAAAUUGCCAGUCUCAAAGAAGAGCAUUUGAAAUUACUGAAUGGGGCUAUUGAAAGGGCUCGUAGAAGAAGUCUGAAGGAUGAGGACACUAUUAGCAAAAGUGAUACCGCGCUACUAAAAGAAAGGUAUUUUUGGUAA